AUCCUUAUGGGGGACCAACCUUGUGCCUCCGGGAGAUCUACGCUCCCACCUGGAAACACGCGGGAAACCAAGCCUCCAAAAAAGCGCUGCCUUCUCGCUCCGCGGUGGAAUUAUCCAGAAGGAACUCCCAACGGAGUCUUUGAGAGAUUGCAGUAUGACUCCAUUUCCUUGGUGCAUUUGUGAAAAGAUUCACCCAGUGAAGACGAUGAAUAUUAUUGACAAUGCCACCCUGCUUUUUCUGAUUUCCUGCACCCAGAAGUUGUGAUUUUUAAGAUUCCUCCAGGACACUAUGGACUGCAUCCAGGGAUCCUGGCUCAGUGCUGGCCUGAACUUCACUUUCCCUAAGGAGCAACCUCCCAGAGAGCUGCAGCUGCCUGCUUCAGAGCGGAGGCAGGCCCAGGCGUCCAGGUCCCGCAGGAGAGGAGAAAUUGUAGACCCAACGGCUGACUGCGCACAGAGCCAGGACCUCAGGCGCACAAUUCCCUGGGAUUGGUGUAAGGCCCUUGGGCUUUCAACGCUGGACCCUGCCACUAAGCUGUAUACUCCACAGGCAUCUGUGGAGGAAGACUGCAACAUCACAGGCGAGUGGAAUCCCCAAGGGAAGCUCUCUGCAGUGGCACUGUGAAGGGGCGUCUUCCAACCUGCUGAAAAUAUGGCUGCACAGGAUGUGGAAACUUCCCAUUUCCAUCGACCUCCCCCUGCUGCCGUGGGCUGUUCCUAGCUCCAAGACAAUUAGCUUCAGGUGUGUGAAAGGCUAUCAUUCACGCCAGAUACUGAGGCUGGUACCCAGGGCCUGGAAGGCACUCCCCAUCAUGCUCGACUACACAGCCCUUGCUGCCUGAUCCACAGCCGCUUUUGUGAUUUUUAAAGUAACCCACUUCCAAAUGCCAACCCCAGGUUUCUCUCCACCAUGGCACAGCUGCCAUUUCCCCAGCAGCCUCAAACACUCACUCGAUUCCAAAUGCAGACUCUCGGUUUCACCAAGUGCACACUAUGGAUGUAGUGGACCUUGUCCAGCCAGUACAGCCCUGGAACUGGUACUCUAGAGCACUUUCUGUCUUUUAUCUAGUGUUUUCACAGGGAACUCUUUUAUUCUAUCACUCCUAAUCCGCCAUCUUGGAUCCUCCCUCAGUUAUUGAUUAUUAAGCUUCUCUUUAUACGUUUUACAUCUUACAUGCCUGUUGCUUUGCAAAUAAUAUCUAUUUUUUGUAAAAUACUUAAAAAUCUUUAUGAAAAAAGACAUAAAUUUAGAAGUCAAUUGAUAUGCAGUGUGAAAACAUUUAAAAUGUAUGUAAUCAAUAAGUCAUUAAUUUCUAUUAAUUAAAAACACAAAUAAAAAACUAUACACAACCCAAUAAAUAUUGACCAAAGAAAAGAUAUUUCACUUUGGUACUAUUAG